AUGUCAGAGUGGAAAGUCGAUCCUGAUAACAGGAGAAGGUUGUUACAGUUACAAAAAGUUGGUGGAAACAAGAAAUGCCUUGACUGUGGGGCUCAUAAUCCACAAUGGGCCUCGCCUAAAUUCGGUGUUUUCAUUUGUUUGGAAUGUGCCGGUAUUCACCGAGGAUUAGGAGUGCACAUCUCCUUCGUUAGAUCCAUCACUAUGGAUCAGUUCAAAUCAGACGAACUAGUUAGAAUGGAAAACGGUGGUAAUGACAAAUUUACUGAGUAUCUGGAAGACCAUGGGAUUGAUUCGAGUUUACCUCAGAAGUUGAAGUAUGAUAACGUUAUUGCUUCGGAUUAUAAAGAUAAACUAACUGCUAUCUGUGAAAGCAAAGAAUGGGAAGAACCUGAUCGCUCUGAUUUUGACCCAACCCAGCUUACAGCAACUAACUCUAGGUCCGGUACCCCUCAGCUAAAUGGUUCAUUGUCUGAAAAACUUGGCUCUGAAGAAGCAGUAAACCAAAAGGAGAAAAAUGAAUCCUAUUUCGCUACACUCGGUGAGAAAAACUUACAGAAACCAGAACAUAUACCGCCAUCCCAAGGUGGUAAAUAUCAAGGUUUCGGAAACACGCCUAUUAUUCAACAUAAGAAAGGAAAUCAAGCUGAACCUGGCUCUACUACCUUGACUUUGGAAAACUUUCAAAAGGACCCGCUUGGCACUUUCACAAAGGGUUGGGGCCUAUUUUCUUCAGCCGUGUCGAAAUCAAUGGAAGAAGUUCAAGAAUCUAUCAUCAAACCAAAUGUCGAACAAUUCUCACAAAAAGAUCUAUCUGAAGAGGCAGUCAGGGCUGCCAAGCAGUUUGGUCAAAAAUUCCAAGAAUCCAGUAGUUAUGGACUGCAAGCUCUCAACUCUUUCACAAAGGGUCUGCAACAACAAUUACAGGAAACACAGGAUGGACCUGCUACCUCAUCACAAUACACGAAACUGUUUGACGGGGCAGAUGCUACCUCAACAACGCAUACCCAAGCUCCGGCACAAAACAAAACUUCAGAAAAGAAGAUUUCAGGAGAAGACGGAUGGGAAGAAUUUUGA